AUGCAAGUGGUCUCCAAUACUCGCAGGCUCUCUAGAGCUCUCAAAUCUCCCAUUUUUAUCAAAUCCGAUCAAUUUCUCUCUCCAGAUGUCCGAGUUCUCGAAGCUCCCCUCACUUCUUUCCAAUGGCGGAACCUCAGCACCGUCUCUUCGCAAAACUCCUUGUUCUCUGGCAUUACUCGCGGUUAUCUUCUGCCAAUGGAACAACACACAAUGUGCACAAUGAUGACAUUGAGAGCGCCCUUUUCUUCUGAAGUGAGUACCGUCGAAGGUGGUUCCACAGAGGUUGUGAAGGAGCUGUAUGAUAAAAUGCUGCAAUCUGUGAAUAUAAAACGAUCAAUGCCCCCCAAUGCUUGGUUAUGGUCAUUGAUUGAGAAUUGCAAAAAGCAUGAAGAUAUUAAGCUUCUAUUUGACAUCUUGCAGAACCUACGCAGAUUUAGAUUGUCAAAUCUUCGCAUCCAUUCUGAUUUUAAUUGUAAUCUCUGCCGAGAGGUUACUAAGGCAUGUGCUCGUGUGGGGGCCCUCGACUUUGGAAAGAAGGCCUUGUGGAAACAUAAUGUGUAUGGAUUGGCUCCUACCAUCGGAUCUGCUCACCAUUUACUGAUACAUGCUAAAGAACGCGGUGAUGCUAAACUUAUGAUGGAAAUAAUGAGUCUUUUAAAGAAGAAUGACUUACCCUUGCAACCUGGUACAGCAGAUAUUGUUUUCAGCAUCUGUUACAAUACUGAUAAUUGGCAGCUGAUGUCUAAGUACUCAAAAAGGUUUGUCAAAGCUGGAGUAAAGCUACGGCAAACUGCGUUUGAUCUAUGGAUGGAAUUUGCUGCUAAAAUAGGAGAUGUUGAAUCAUUGUGGAAAAUUGAGAAGUUACGAUCUGAGUCGAUGAAGCAGCACACUGUUGCGAGUGGAUUUUCAUGUGCUAAGGGUUUUCUCUUAGAACAUAAGCCUGAGGAAGCUGCUUCCAUCAUCCAAGUUCUAAAUCAGACUUUACCUGAUGCAAAGAAGUCCAGCAUUGUGGUUGAGCUUCAAAAGUUGGGUAGUGAGUGGCCCUUAGAGGUUAUUAGGCACCAAAAGGAAGAGGACAGAAAGGCUUUAGCUGUAUCUUUAACAUCUGAUAUUCCUGCAAUGGUUAGUGGUCUAUUAACCACGGGAUUACAAGUGAAUGUAAACAUUGAGGACCUAACCAGCAAAGAAGGUGUUCUUUAUUGA